AAUGAUGAGUUCUCCAUUAUAAAACCCCACACAGCCUUAUCCUCCCACCUCACAAACUCACGUACAUUCUCGGUGCCUUCAAGAGGGAUAGAGAGAGAGAGAGAGUGAAAGUUGUAGUGAGAGAAAGCUUGGAGUAACAGUUAUGGAGGGUAAGGAAGAGGAUGUUAAGCUUGGAGCCAACAAGUACUCAGAGAGGCAGCCCAUCGGGACGUCGGCUCAAACAGACAAAGAUUACAAGGAACCACCACCAGCGCCGUUGUUCGAGCCAGGUGAGCUGUCGUCAUGGUCUUUCUACAGAGCCGGAAUUGCGGAGUUCAUAGCGACUUUCUUGUUCUUGUACAUCUCUGUGUUGACGGUGAUGGGUGUCGUUAAGUCCCCCACAAAGUGUGGUACUGUGGGCAUUCAAGGGAUUGCUUGGGCUUUUGGGGGUAUGAUCUUUGCCCUUGUCUACUGCACAGCCGGUAUCUCAGGAGGACACAUCAACCCAGCUGUGACCUUUGGUUUGCUACUGGCGAGGAAACUUUCAUUGACAAGAGCCGUGUUCUACAUGGUGAUGCAAUGUCUCGGAGCCAUCUGUGGUGCAGGUGUGGUGAAAGGUUUCCAGGGUAAGAACCAGUACACCGCCUUGGGUGGCGGAGCCAAUGUCGUAGCCCACGGCUACACCAAGGGUGAUGGUCUUGGUGCUGAGAUCGUCGGGACCUUUGUGCUUGUCUACACUGUCUUCUCUGCCACCGAUGCCAAAAGAAGCGCCAGAGACUCACAUGUCCCUAUCUUGGCUCCUCUCCCAAUUGGGUUUGCGGUGUUCUUGGUCCAUUUGGCCACCAUCCCCAUCACCGGAACUGGUAUCAACCCUGCAAGAAGUCUUGGGGCUGCCAUCAUCUACAACAAGGGCCAUGCAUGGGAUGACCACUGGAUUUUCUGGGUUGGUCCCUUCAUUGGAGCUGCACUGGCUGCUUUGUAUCACCAGAUCGUCAUCAGAGCCAUUCCUUUCAAGAGCAGAUCUUGAAAUGUGGAUGUAGUGUUUCUUUGUAGCGUCUGUUGAUGAAUUUGUGUGUAAAUUACGUAUCUUCUCAUGAGUUCGUGUUGUAUUGACGAUAAGUUCAAAAACUCUUGUGGUCACCUUUUCUCUAUGGAAUGAACAUGUUUGAGCUGAACAAAA